UAGCUGACCCAUGAGUCUGCAAUUUCUGGAUGCUGCAUUUAGCAAAUUGCAAACUGCAACUUGUUACUUGUACAUUGCAAAUCGCAAACUGCAUGCGGCUUUGACGCAGCGGCUGUCAGAUGAGUCCGCGCUCCGGGGGAUAAGAGUCACUUCUUAAAAACUUCCUAUUUAUCUGUAACACAUAAAGGCGAUGACGGUGCAUGAGAAGAAUAUUAUGUUCGUUGUGCAGUAAAAGUACGACCGAAAGAGUGACAACUCAGGAGAACGUUUUAAGUAAAGGGCACCUGGAAUGAUGGCCUCUCGUCGCUGAAGAUGGACAUGGAAGUGGAAAUGAAAGAGGACGUAGGGAAGUCGUGGUCCCUCUUGUCCUGGGUGGCGUCCUGCGUGAUGGUGUUUGGCGGCGUCGUACCCUACGUCCCACAGUAUCUGGAGAUCCAGAGGACCAGCAAUACGGAAGGUUUCUCCACACGUGUCUGUCUGGUGCUGCUCAUUGCCAACAUCCUCCGUAUCUUCUUCUGGAUCGGAAAGCAGUUUGAGCUGACGCUGCUGCUGCAGAGUGUGGUGAUGAUCGCCACCAUGCUGGCCAUGCUUCAGCUGUGCUGCUCCGUCCAGGGAACCAACCGGGUCGCCACCAAGCAGCACCACUUCACAGAUCUGGACCUGCGCUACUUCUGGAGCUGGAGCCGUUUUGAAGACUACCUCCUCUUCUGCUUCGUCUUCAUGGUGUUCUGUGCCUUCGUCACCUUCCUCUUCCUCGACUCGACGCUGUUCGUGGAGUCCCUGGGCUCACUGGCGCUUCUCUUUGAGGCCAUGCUCGGCCUGCCCCAGCUGCUGCAGAACUUCCAGAACCGCUCCACCCGGGGCAUGAGUGUGAAGAUGGUGCUGCUUUGGAUGGCUGGAGACGUCUUCAAGACGACGUACUUCAUAAUGAAUGAGAGCCCCAUGCAAUUCUGGGUGUGUGGGCUGGUCCAGAUCCUGGUGGAUGUGGCGAUCCUGCUGCAGGUGCUGUACUACGACCCGGAGACGAGGGGCAAGCUGUGAUAAAUGUGCAUGGCAGCCAGGCCUUCCAGCAGCAGGGACAUCACGAGGGUGUGAUCCACCUUCACAGCUGCCCGCUAAAGUGCCUGAAUUUUUUUUUAUUUCUAAAAAAAAUAUUUUAUUGUUACUGAUGAUGUAUUAUUAUUGUAUGCUUUUAUUCCUAACUGGCCAAUGAGCACGGUCCAGAAGGUGUCCAGUAUCUGGUAAAUAUCAAGAAAAAUGUUGUGUACUCCGUAAGAUCAGCCUAAGACAAACAGGCAUGUGCCUGUGUCGCAAUAAGCCUUGUAAUAUAACAACAAUCGGAUGUAUAUAGAAAAAAUAUAUCGGGUUAAAACUAAUUGUAUAUCUGAAAUUUUUCAGUGAAUGUUCAUCCAAUGCAGGAACCUUUCCCCGGAAGCAUGGGGCAGUAAGUGUGGUGAUCCCAGGGUAAAAUGCCACUCCUUGGGGCAAUUAAAGUAAAAUGGCAGAGUUAUCAGUUUAGAGACUCUCUAUGUCGUUCAGCUUUGGAAGAAAAUCUGGAGAUUUUUAUUCUACAUUAUUUAUUAAAUCUGUUGAAUAAA